ACACAUAGAAACAGGCAUGUUUGACUAUAAACACACAGAGCAAGCCAUGUUGGACCGUGAAGACUCAAGCUCAAUAGUUUACCAUACUCGUCAUACUGGUACAGUGGAACCUCAGUUAUCCGGACGUCCAUAAACUGAAGCGUCCGGAUAUCUGGAGUCUCGAUAGCUAAAGCCCCACUGUAUUCAAAUUUCAAUAACAUGUCGACCCAAGGAGCCGAGUCUUCUCCUCCGCCAGGCCUGUCACUGAUGGAUGAACCCCAGGUCAUUACAGAAAUAGACACAUAUUAUGGUCUUCUGAUUGGCAUAACCUGUCUGAAUGACACAGAAGUAUGGACGCGUGGUAAUGGCAAAAUUAUGAGACUCUACAACCUGCAUGGGAAACAAGUGAAGUCAAUCGAAACCAAGUCAGGAAACGAUCCAGGGGACAUAACAGUGACGAGGAAUGGAGAUCUGGUUUAUGCUGAUAACAAAGAUAGAACUAUGAACAUAGUAAAGAAUAAAACGAUAGAGACGGUCAUCAAACUACGCAAGUGGAAACCUGACCGUGUCUGUAGUACCUCCUGUGGUGACCUUCUAGUUUUCAUGGUCAGCGAUGAUUAUAAACAAGCAAAAGUUGUGCGUUACUCUGGCUCCAAAGAGAGACAAACAAUUCAGUACAGUGACAAAAGGCAACCUCUCCUCCCCUCUGGUGACACUUAUAUCAAACACAUCUGUGAGAACAGGAACCAAGAUGUCUGUGUGUCUGAUUAUGACGCCGGCGCAGUAGUGGUGUUCGAUCAGGCUGGGAAACUUAGGUUUAGGUACACUGGCCCACCUCCUAUUACCAAGGAAUCUGCAUGUAGUGAUCCCUACAAGAGAACAUUUCUUCCAGCAGGCAUCACCACAGACAGCCAGAGUCGGAUUCUGAUCGUUAACUACCACGACCAGUUUAUCCAUAUCAUAGAUCCCGACGGACGGUUCCUCCGCUACAUUGAUAACUGUAAUUUCUGCGCUCCUUGGGGUUUAUGUGUGGACUCUAAAGACAACCUUUAUGUGGCUGAAAGGGGCACACGUAAAUUGAAGAAGAUCAGGUAUUGCAUGUAAAUAAGUACUGUAUAAGCUAUUAAUAUAUGUACAAAUUGUAACUUAGUAAUAAAUAGAUUUAGAUUUUUAAUAUUUAGUUACCAGUAAAGAAAUAUAUUAUACGCAAAAAUUGCAAUCAGUCAGGGUGGAUUUGUUUAGUUAUACAACAUGUUUUUGUUUGUAUAAUUUUUUUUCAUUUGUUUAAACUUGUAUUUAUAUAUUAAAUGUAAC